UGUUUCGCAGUCCAGAGAUCUUGCAGCUGGUUGCUCCGGCUUCCUGGCACUUUGACUCUCCUUACCCGCCGAGCUCUGGGAAGGGUUGUCCGGAAUGCCGCUCGAACGCUUUCUACGAGGAGCUUAACCCGCCUCGCCUGCCGCCCGGAUGGGACCGCCGGAGUGCUCUAAAGGCUCCAGUGAAUAUUGACUUGCAGAGGAAUCGGGGAAAAGACGAGCUGAAGUUCCCAUCCCAUGGAUCCCCUGGGCGCGCCUUCCCAGUUUGUGGAUGUGGACACGCUGCCGGGCUGGGGCGACCCGUGUGACGGCGCGUUAAAUGCUUCCGAUGCGGCAGCCGACGCAGACGCUAUCAGAUCGCCUUUUCUUUACAACAAGAAUAUCAAUGGAAAAGUGGUUCUUUGGAAAGGAGAUGUGGCAUUACUGAACUGUACAGCCAUUGUGAAUACCAGCAAUGAAAAUCUUACAGAUAAGAAUCCUGUGUCAGAAAGUAUCUUCAUGCUUGCAGGGCCUGAUUUGAAGGAGGAACUCCAGAAACUUAAAGGUUGUCGGACAGGGGAAGCCAAACUGACGAAAGGAUUCCAUUUAGCUGCCCGGUUCAUCAUUCACACAGUGGGACCGAAGUACAAGAGCCGCUACCGCACAGCUGCGGAGAGCUCGCUGUACAGCUGCUACAGAAACGUGCUCCAGCUGGCCAAAGAGCAGUCGAUGUCUUCUGUUGGGUUCUGUGUCAUCAAUUCUGCAAAACGAGGUUAUCCCUUAGAGGAUGCAACACACAUAGCACUUCGCACUGUAAGGAGAUUCCUAGAGAUUCAUGGGGAGACCAUUGAAAAAGUAGUAUUUGCUGUCUCUGAACUGGAAGAGGCUACUUACCAAAAGCUGCUACCUCUGUACUUCCCAAGGUCGUUGAAGGAGGAGAGGCGAUCGCUGCUGUACCUACCGGCAGAUAUUGGAAACGCAGAAGGGGAGCCUGUGGUACCUGAACGGCAGAUUCGAAUAAGUGAGAAACCCGGUGCCCCGGAGGACAACCAAGAAGAGGAGGAUGAAGGCUUGGGAGUUGAUCUCUCUUUCAUUGGCUCUCAUGCUUUUGCUCGGAUGGAAGGAGAUAUUGAUAAGCAAAGAAGACUGAUCCUUCAGGGACAGUUAUCAGAGGCAGCCCUGCAGAAGCAGCAUCAGAGAAACUACAAUCGCUGGUUAUGUCAGGCAAGAUCUGAGGACCUAUCUGAUAUUGCUUCUCUAAAAGCCUUAUACCAAACAGGUGUUGAUAACUGUGGUCGCACAGUGAUGGUGGUCGUUGGGAGAAACAUUCCUGUAACGUUGAUAGACAUGGACAAGGCUCUCCUAUAUUUCAUCCAUGUAAUGGAUCACAUUGUUGUGAAGGAAUAUGUAUUAGUAUAUUUUCACACACUGACCAGCGAGUACAAUCACCUGGACUCCGACUUCCUGAAGAAACUCUACGAUGUCGUUGAUGUCAAGUACAAGAGGAAUUUGAAGGCUGUUUAUUUUGUUCAUCCAACAUUUCGUUCAAAGGUAUCAACAUGGUUUUUUACCACCUUUUCUGUCUCAGGACUGAAGGACAAAAUCCACCAUGUGGACAGCCUCCACCAGCUGUUUUCUGCCAUCUCUCCUGAGCAGAUUGACUUUCCUCCCUUUGUCCUUGAAUAUGAUGCCAGGGAAAAUGGGCCUUACUACACAUCUUGUCCCCCAUCACCGGAUUUGUGACCUGCCAUCAUGCAGUGCUCCUGGUUUCUGAGGACACCACCGUCUCCCCAAAUCACUACCUGUUGAAGUGAUACUCAUUUUUGCUGUACAGAUCCAGAGAGACUUUUGUCCCCACCUCUCUGGUAUUUUUUUAUUAACUGUAUAUUUUCUGGCACAUAAGCAAUCUGAAAAUGGUAGACCAUUCUGAAUUGCACACUUAUUUUCAAUUUGUAUAUUUGUAUCAAAUGAAGAUGUUCAUUUUUAGAGGGUUGUUAAUAGAAAUUGGGGAGCAGCUUUUGAGUGUCUUCAGUUUGCUGAAAGGACACUGGAUUCGCCGUUAGACAAGCCACCAAUACUGUUCACAUCAUCUCUUUAACAUUGCACGCUUCCUUUGUGUACUUGAAUAUUUCUCAAAAUACAUAGAACCAGUGUAUGCUGACCGGAUGCAUUAUUUGCUUCAGAUCCUGGCAUUAUGUUUUAUACAGAUAAUGUGGUAUUGAUAAAAGAGAGCUGUCUGGGACCAAGGAUGUGGAAAUGUAUAUGAUCAGAAGCGUCAAAAUCAUUAGCAAAAUACAGGUCUUAGAAUUUCACUGUACCAGUUAAGACGAAGUUUUAAGAACUGAAGUUCCUUGGAGCGUAUGAUUGUUAAUAUUAUUCUGAUUUCAACAGUGGGGGAACAGGAAGACGGUAGGUAUCUUCAGCCUUUUCCCUGUGCUCAUGGAAAGAGAUCAUUGAUCUCGUUAUUCCAAGGGACUGUGCUUGUUAGUACUCUGAAGUGAGGGGCAUCUCCUA